AUCUCCACAGGAGAUCUUAAAAACGGUCUGAGAACGCGUCUCCAGAAUAUCCUUUGAAGAUCUUGUGCUGUCUGGGACGGUACAACCGGUUCAGUAAUGGUUGCGUUCGUCUUGUUUGCUUUCACGUUAAAACUGUCAUCAUUCAAUCAUCUUUGUGCGCACAAUAAGGUGGCGUCAGGUAAACCGCCCACGCGUUUUAGCAGCUAAAACAAUAUGAGUUACAAGAGAGAGAGAGAGAGAGAGAGAGAGAGAGAUACAGUGUUAACAUUUAUAUCUUCUCAAUUAAAGAAAGAGAAUUUUAUUGUUUAUUGUUAUAAGAUGGUGUGCGUUUGUCAGGGAUGGAUAUAUCAAUGUCAAAUAUCGAAAAGCAGCAAGAUUUGUACGCUUUGAGAGUAGACGAAGGGGACACGUUACAACAUUCCACGGUACACUCUGUGCUUGAGACACAAUUUAAGUGAUCUACACGCGGGGCCGCUCGUCCUUGUCAGUGCGAUUGGAGCCGCUGUCGCAAGUUCGUCGGUGCUGACGAGUGUAUUAAUUGUACCGGGAGUAUAAUUACGGUCUAUUAUUGUCGUGUGCCUUAAUUAACAAGGAAGUAAUUCAGUUUCUUCAAUGGAGCCAUUAGCGAGAGUAGCAUUGCUAAAUAUCAAAGGACAGGCGAAGCUAUUGCGCCCUCAAUCUCAGCACAUUCGGUGCAGCAGGACGCUCACGUCCCAACAAGUGUUCGAUCGUGAAUCCAAGUACGGCGCACAUAAUUACCAUCCAAUUCCGGUGGCUGUGUGCAAAGCCGAGGGUGUUUUUAUGUGGGAUGUCGAGGGUAAACGGUACUUCGAUUUUCUCAGCGCUUACUCGGCAGUAAAUCAAGGCCACUGCCAUCCGAGAAUCUAUAAAGCGAUGAUCGAUCAAGCGAAGAAUUUGACUCUGACGUCCCGGGCAUUCUACUCUGACGUAUUGGGCGAAUUCGAAGAGUACAUCACGAAACUUUUUGAUUACGACAAAUGGUUGCCGAUGAAUACAGGCGUGGAGGGUGGCGAAACGGCGUGUAAGUUGGCGCGCAGAUGGGGAUACAGCGUCAAGGGAAUUCCGCAAAAUAAAGCUAAGAUAGUGUUCGCGGAAGGUAAUUUUUGGGGGCGAACCAUGAGCGCAAUCUCUUCCAGCACGGACCCGACUUGCUACAACGGCUUUGGGCCUUACAUGCCAGGCUUUGAAAUCGUUCCCUACGAUGAUCUCAAAGCUCUUCAGCAAACUCUCGCCGACCCGAACGUUUGUGCCUUCAUGGUAGAGCCUAUUCAGGGUGAAGCCGGCGUCGUAGUACCAAAGGACGGAUAUUUGAAAGGAAUUCGGGAACUUUGCUCCAAGCACAACGUCCUGUGGAUCGCGGACGAGGUGCAAACUGGUCUGGCGAGAACCGGAAAGCGACUCGCCGUCGAUCACGAGGCUGUAAAGCCGGACAUCUUGAUCCUCGGCAAGGCCCUGUCCGGAGGAUUCUAUCCGGUUUCCGGCGUGUUAGCCAACGAUCCUAUUAUGCUCACCAUCAAACCCGGCGAGCACGGUUCGACCUACGGCGGCAAUCCUCUCGGUUGCAGAAUCGCACUUGAGGCACUUCGCGUUUUGGAGGAGGAACGACUCGCUGAGAACGCGGAGCGACUCGGUCACGUACUCAGAAGCGAACUCAACAAGCUACCUAGAGAAGUGGUCACCUUGGUGAGAGGCAAGGGUCUCUUGAACGCGAUCGUUAUCAACGACAAGAUCGAUGCCAUGGACAUUUGCUUGAAAUUAAGGGAAAAUGGCCUCCUAGCGAAACCGACGCACGACCACAUCAUUCGCUUGGCGCCGCCGCUGGUUAUUACGAAAGACCAGAUUCACGAGUGCGCGAACAUAAUUUCUAAGACUAUACUAGGAUUAAAUUCGACAGCCACGCGUUGAAUAAAAAUUAUUAUAAUUAUAUUAUUAUGAAAAUUAUCAUAUUAUUAAUUAUAUCAGAUUGUGAAAAAAGACACACAUCCGUGGUAACGUUAAAAUGCUAUUAUUGAUACCGAUUUAUAUUUACAUGUAUUUUUUCUAAUAAAAGUAUAAAUCUCAACUUUAA